CAUACUCUAUUUCUCUCUCUCUCUUCAAGGUGACAAUAUUUACUAUCAAUGGCGUCUCCCACAGAACUAAUUACCCUCGAUUCAUGCACACCUAAUUACAUCCAAUCCAUGGGUAAUGAUCAUCAUCAACAUCCGGAUCAAACCCAUAAGAAGAAUCUCGAAGAAUUCAUGGCUCGUCUUCAACAAGAACGCAUCAAGAUCGAAGCUUUUAAACGCGAACUUCCCCUAUGCAUGCAUCUCCUCACUAAUGCAAUGGAGGCGUCGAAGAAGCAAUUACAAAGCUGCAAAGAAAUCGAAGCAUCAAGGAUUCCAGUUCUCGAAGAAUUCAUACCCAUUACAAAAAGUUCAUCAGAAAAAGAGAACUCCGGCGGCGUCGGCAACGACAAAGCGCAUUGGAUGACAUCAGUCCAGCUAUGGAACCCGUCUUCAGCUGCAUGCAACGCCGAGGAAACUAAGAAACAAACAAUUCUCAGACAAAGGAAUUAUGAAGACGAGAAAUAUACUUCCACCUUUCUUCCCUUUUCCAAUGAACAAAAGGCGGCGCCGGAGCUGGCUAUUGUCGCCGUUAAUGAGGGGGCGGCGGCGGUGGAUAGUAAUGGAAGUAGGAGAGAGGUUAAUUCUUGUAGGAUGAAUCAGGCUAAUAGAAAAGCAAGGAGGUGUUGGUCGCCGGACUUGCACCGGCGGUUUUUGAAUGCUCUUCAGAUGUUGGGUGGGUCUGAAGUGGCAACACCAAAGCAGAUUAGAGAGCUUAUGAAGGUUGAUGGCUUGACCAAUGAUGAAGUAAAAAGCCAUCUCCAGAAGUAUAGACUUCAUACAAGGCGACCAAGUCCAAGUUCAAUGGCGGCAGACGGCGGCGCACCAACUCAGCUGGUGGUGCUCGGAGGAAUAUGGGUCCCACCGGAGUACGCUGGUGCCACCUCCGCACCACCAAUGAUUUAUGGUCCACAUCCAACUGCGCUGCAUCAAGAAUUCUAUCCAUCGUCCCAUCAUCAAAUCCUACAUCAAUUCCACAUGUAUAAUGCGUCAUCAUCACAUGACUCGCCGGAUUCAAACAUUAAAGUCGCAGCCGCAACCGUCGGCCGCGACUUUAAUGAAGAUAAAAAGCCGGAUAGUAUUUAUGAAGUUGAGAGAAAACAGUUAGCGGCAAUGAGGGUGGUGGAAGGUGAAGAGAGCAACGCAAAUGAAACUACUCUCAAGUUUUAGUGUUUUCGUUUCUAUUAGUGCGACUAAUUUUCGUAGGUUAAACAAAAACACACCCUACUAAUUAAUCAAAUGUGCGAAAUUUGUCUAAUGACUAACUAUAUCAAGGAUAUCAAACUCAUACGGUCAAAAGUUUUAGGGUUAAUUAAGGGUAAAAUAGUAAAAACAAAAAUU